AAAGGCAGGAAGUCAAACUCUACUUCCACUGUUAUCAAAACUUACAGACACAAACAGCGGACAUACAGGCGGAAAAAUAAAAAGUUGGAAUUCAGGUUUUCUCAGACCAUUUUGCUAGAAAGUUUCUAGCGAUGGAUAAGCUUCGUCGUGUGCUAAGCGGCCAAGAGGAUAACGAGGAGUUGGGUCUCACCGCUCAGGUCCUUGAUGCCAGCUCUCUCAGCUACAGCACCAGGGUUAAAUGGUUCUGCAUAUGCUUUGCUGCAGGCAUCCUGUGCUCAAUACUCGGGACAGCACUGUUGUUCCUUCCAGGUGGAUACAAGCUGUUUGCCGUCUUCUACACACUCGGGAACCUCUCAGCUCUUGCCAGCACAUGCUUCCUGAUGGGUCCACUGAAACAGCUGAAGCGCAUGUUUGAACCUACAAGACUGAUUGCCACCAUUGUUAUGCUGCUGUGCCUCAUCUUAACACUUUGUGCUGCUUUAUGGUGGCAUAAAAAUGGUCUGGCAAUCAUCUUCUGUAUUCUGCAGUUCUUGGCGAUGACCUGGUAUAGCAUCUCAUAUAUUCCGUUUGCCAGGGAUGCAGUGAUGAAAUGCUUCACCACCUGCCUGAGUUAGGACUCCACUAUUUCACAUGGAGACUGGUCCUUAUAUGCAAAUUGCAAAUACAGUGCCUCUGUAAAAUAUGCAUCUUUGUUGUUUAUACGCUCUAUCUCCAUAUUUGUACUGCAGCUUUUUUGUACUGUGAAUUCCUUCUUUUUAAGCCUAUAAUCAGAUUAUAACACUUUAUUUUGCCUUUUGAUGUGAGUGUCAUGAGUGCCUUUAAUUCUUAAUAUAUUUAAAGAUUUUCUUAAACUGUUUGUUCAGAGGAUUUUAUUCCAUUAAGUGCAGGGAAGUGAUUUUGGCUUUACCAUUGUGAUACUGUUAUUUACAGCUCAAGUGCCUUGAUAAUGUGUUGACAUACUGACCAACCAUGGUAUAGCUAUACUAAUGCAGUGAUUUUUCAUUUUCUUCUGGUUUCCUUGCGUGAUUAAAACACAUUUUCUCUCUGUUCUGUCUGUGUAAAAUGCACUGAUGUAUAAAGACGCUCUCAGAUGCUUUUCCAUCAUGUUUAUUUAUGAUUAUUCCCCCGUAGGCGAUUGAGGCUAUGCUUCACGGAUGAUGCACUGGUAUGUACAGUAUGCUACUCACAGCUCUUGUAGAGGUAUUUCCAGCUAAAGCUAUUGAUGUCUCGUCUGUGCAUCCUCUUUGUGUGUUUGGACACACCUGCUCCCCUUUAAUCAUUAAAUUACAUUAAAACUA